ACAAACAAACAAGAAUCAAACAAGUUUGCGAGUCGUCGACAUGAGUCCCCACCAAACUGAAAAUCCCAAGAACGAUGAUGCGGUGGUUCCAGAGACACAGUGGACGUCGGAGUUUGGUGAACCGUCGCCACUGAGAAAGAUGAUAUCCGUCUCUUCAAUCGCCGCCGGUGUACAGUUCGGAUGGGCCUUACAGCUAUCUCUUAUGACACCCUACGUGCAGCUCCUCGGCAUCCCACACAAGUGGUCUUCUCUCAUCUGGCUAUGCGGUCCCAUCUCCGGCAUGCUCGUCCAGCCGACCGUCGGUUACUACAGCGACCGAUGCACGUCGAGGUUCGGUCGUCGGCGUCCUUUCAUCGCUUCCGGAGCCAUCCUCGUGGUAGUCGCUGGUUUACUGAUCGGGUACGCCGCUGAUCUCGGACAAGUGGCAGGAGACAAACUCGAGGACAAGGUGAAGGUGCGUGCCAUAUGGUUCUUCGCUCUCGGGUUCUGGAUCCUCGACGUGGCGAAUAACACUCUCCAAGGCCCUUGUCGUGCUUUUCUAGCCGACUUAGCUGCGGGAGACGCGAGGAAAACGCGAACCGCAAACGCGUUUUUUUCCUUUUUCAUGGCGGUUGGAAACAUAUUGGGAUACGCGGCGGGUUCUUACACCAACCUACACAAGGCUUUCCCCUUCACGAUGACUAGAGCGUGUGAUAUUUAUUGCGCGAAUCUCAAGAGCUGUUUCUUCCUCUCCAUCAUUUUACUCUUGUUCGUAACCAUAUCAUCGCUCUGGUACGUUAAAGACAAGCAAUGGUUGCCGGAAAAGGAAGACCUCGACGUGAAGACACCCUUCUUCGGGGAGAUCAUCAAAGCCUUCAAGGUGAUGGAACGUCCCAUGUGGAUGCUGAUAAUCGUCACUGCCAUUAAUUGGAUCGCCUGGUUCCCUUUUCUUCUGUUUGAUACCGAUUGGAUGGGUCGUGAGGUGUACGGUGGAGACUCGAGCGGGAACGAUGGUUUGAAGAAGCUUUACAACCAAGGAGUGCAAGCCGGUGCGUUGGGACUGAUGAUAAAUGCCAUCGUUCUUGGAUUCAUGUCGCUUGGUAUUGAAUGGAUUAGUCGGAAAAUGGGAGGUGCUAAACGACUUUGGGGAGUUGUGAACUUUAUUCUUGCAGUGUGUUUGGCUAUGACGGUUUUGGUUACAAAGUUGGCUGAAGCUCACAGGAAAACCGCCGGUGAAUUGGCCGGUCCGACCGAUGGCAUUAGAGCUGGUGCAUUGACUCUCUUUGCUAUUCUUGGUAUUCCACUUGCUAUUACGUUUAGUAUUCCGUUUGCAUUAGCUUCCAUAAUCUCAAGCAACUCUGGCGCUGGUCAAGGACUUUCACUGGGAGUUUUAAAUUUGGCAAUCGUGAUACCACAAAUGGUUGUGUCGCUUGGAGCUGGACAGUUCGAUUCGUGGUUCGGAGGUGGAAACCUACCAGCAUUUGUGGUCGGAGCAAUUGCAGCUGCAGUCAGUGGUGUAGUGGCAAUAAUUGUUUUACCUUGACUAGAUCUGUCUGGUCAUGUGGCAAGCUCUAAUAAUUCAUGAGUGGAUUACUUUAUAAGACACUUUCGUCUUUUUAUUUGCAUCCUAAGACACAUUAUGCUUGAGAAGCACUUUCUCUUUCUCUAGUUGAUUUUUGGACUUUUUUUUCCUUCCAAAUAAAAGAAACUAGUUGUGCUUUUGGUCUGUACGGAGUGGUUGCAGCUUUUUCUUUAAAUAAAAGAAACAAUUCCGUGAGUUAA